CUUUGGGACAACCAGCUUUGGGACAACCAGCUUUGGGACACCCAGCUUUGGAACAACCGGCUUUGGGACAACCAGCUUUGGAACAACCAGUUUUGGACCAACCAGCUUUGGAACAAUCAGCUUUGGAACAACCAACUUUGGAACAACCAGCUUUGGAACAACCAGCUUUGGAACAACCAGCUUUGGAACAACCAGCUUUGGAACAACCAGCUUUGGAACAAUCAGCUUUGGAACAACCAGUUUUGGAACAACCAGCUUUGGAACAACCAACUUUGGAACAACCAGCUUUGGAACAACCAGCUUUGGAACAACCAGUUUUGGAACAACCAGUUUUGGAACAACCAGCUUUGGAACAAUCAGCUUUGGAACAACCAACUUUGGAACAACCAGCUUUGGAACAACCAGCUUUGGAACAACCAGCUUUGGAACAACCAGUUUUGGAACAACCAGUUUUGGAACAACCAGCUUUGGAACAACCAGCUUUGGAACAAUCAGCUUUGGGACAACCAGCUUUGGGACACCCAGCUUUGGAACAACCAGUUUUGGAACAACCAGCUUUGGAACAACCAACUUUGGAACAACCAGCUUUGGAACAACCAGCUUUGGAACAACCGGCUUUGGGACAACCAGCUUUGGAACAACCAGCUUUGGAACAACCAGCUUUGGGACAACCAGCUUUGGGACAACCAGCUUUGGAACAACCAGCUUUGGAACAACCAGCUUUGGAACAACCAGUUUUGGAACAACCAGCUUUGGAACAAUCAGCUUUGGAACAACCAGCUUUGGAACAACCAGCUUUGGAACAACCAGCUUUGGAACAAUCAGCUUUGGAACAAUCAGCUUUGGAACAACCAGGCUGGAGAGUGUUUCUCUAUAAAGAAUAUGUAUAA